AUGAAAACUUAUCUUCAAUGAAGAAAUCCCUGAAAAACAAAAGACCUGAAAACAAAAAUCAAAUUUUUAGAAAAACCCAUUCAGAAAAUAAUAAACUGAAAAACCUGAACAAAUCUUUAUCAAAAGAAACAUUAAAGUUAAAGAACAAAAACCAUGAACUACAGAAAGAGAUCCGAAUCCUCAAAUUACAACUCAGAAUGUAUUGUGAUAACCCAAGAUAUAGAAGAAACUACGCAAAAGAAUGUGGAUGUAAGAGAACACCUGUAUACGAAAUGUCUUUAAGACAAAAAGAAGAAGGAGACCCUGAUUGGAAAUUUGAUACCCACUGUUGUUUUUGUAAAAGAGCAACUAAACUGUUUGACCUCUUACCCUUUAAUAUUAAUAACAAUUGGUAUGAAAGAUGCAAAGGAUGUCAAAAGAAAGGUAAAGAACAUACCCCUGAAAGAGAAGAACUAUAUGAAUUAAGAAGAUCUCAAGUAGAAAAAAGAGAAAGAGCACAAAGUUCUGAACCAAUGGUGGUAAAAAGAACAAAAACCAACCCCCCUGAAAAGAAGAAUGUGUAUGCUAAUGGACCAACCUAUAAUCCAGAAAAAAGUAAUUACAACCAAAGAGGAGAAUCAAGUAAAGAAGAAAUCGACUGGACUAAGGACUCUGAAGAAGAAAUCAUGAGAAAAGCGAAUUUUGAUAAAAAAGGAAAAUUCAAAUAUAUCAGUUGGAGAGAACAUGAAGAAGCAGCACGAAGUGAAUAUUGCACACCAAUGUGCCAAUAUUUUGACCACAAGAAAUUGAAGGAUGGAGAGAUACACAUAUUUAAUGCCAAUACAACCAUGAUCCAUGAUCGAAAAUGUUGUCCUUAUGGAGCAAUGGAAUAUGACGAAGCAGGAGUUGAAUACCCAAUUUGUACUUGCUAUAGAGAGUCAAGUAAAUAUUGUGCUGAACAUGAACACCCAACAAACCCCUGUAAAUGUGAAUCAGAAGUAUUUUGGGAAGUGAGAUCUUUUGCUGGAGAAAAAUGCAGAUGGGAACAAUGUGAACACUAUCUAGAAUAUUUACAUUGUGAACACUUAUAUUGUUGGAAACAUAAACAAUAUACCUUCAACAAAUAUACUAAAUGUCCAAAAUGUAAAGACGAAUUAGGAAUUACUGGAAACAAAUACUGGGAGAAAUUAGCAAUUAAUAUUAUAGAAUUCAAAAAGAAAAUGAAAUUAAUAGGAGGACAUGAAAGAAUAGU